AUGACAUUGGAUUGUACCACUCCAUCACCAACUCUUGAGCAAGUAGUUCUUAAAGAGCAGACUAUCUUUAAUCCUCCUUUAUCUAUGAGGAAGAAGGAGCGCGUGAAUGGUAUUAUUGCUCAUAUCAUCCCACCCCGCGAUGUAACUCAGCGAAUCCACCAAUAUCUCCGUCCAACUAUAGGGGACAGUUAUGAGGUGAAGGCCGGGAUCCUUGUCGAUGACGUCCUUUAUACAAACAAGGAUAUGUGUUUCAUCGUUGAUAUCGAACGGAUCCUGACACGAAUGAGUGUGUUUUUGGGGAUAACAAGCUUGAAAGAGGUGCUAGAGCUAGAGGUGAUCUCUUUCCAAUAUCAAUUCUUAGAUUUCAAUGGAUUGUUGGAUGAAUACUCAACUAUCUCUGAUAUCCUCCACAAAAAUAUGUUUCACCUUAAACAGACCAAUCUCCGUUGCGGCUGUGUUAUUCUCCCUGUCUUUGCUAUGCAUAUGCGCCACCCAUCGGAGGGACAGUACAGAAAUCCUAUUCAAAAGAUACUGAGUAGACGGGUUGCUGGUGAUCCAAAAGAUGCUGAACUUAAAGUUCUCGCAACACUCUCUCCGAGCGCGCUUGAGUCCGGCUCUUCUGUUCUAGAAGAUAGUAAAAGGCUUGAAAUCCGCUAUUCGUCUCUACAGCCUAUCCCUCCCGGCUUCUCUCAGCACCGUCAGACACGAUCACCUCAGGCGGUGAACUAUAACCGUAGAGGGUUGGUGGUACCUUCCCCAAUUGAAAUCAUCAAGAUUUCUAUGUAUAAACCUGCUGUAGAUCUAAAGGCUGGAUCAUACACCCCUACCAAAUCAGUCAGUUUCUUGUCUUCCAAGGAUAUCAAGCCUGGAGAGAACAUGCAACGCCAUCUUUCUCCGGAUCCUACUGAACCCAAUCAUCCGGGUAUUGAGGCCAUCUGUUUCCGCAUCGUCAAGCGGAAGCACUCUGAUGUGGCUAGAGAUCCUUCAAGGCCAUUUUGCGACAUGCGCACGGAGUUGAAAAUAGAAAAAGAUAUGAAUCCUCGUAUAUUCACUAGAAAAAUCCCACGAAAUCCUGUUUACCCUUGCCCGCCCCCACCACCCAACACCCCUACCGGAGCAGGCUCACAACCGAACAUCGAAACCCUGGCAAUGGAACUUCAUGUAGCUCUCACGAAGAUAAAGUCCAUGAUGGUUCCCCUAUCCAACCACUAUCCAUGUACCCCCCCACUCCUCCACCGAGCGGACGGAGGAUUGUUUCUAUCCAGGAGGCUUCUCAACCAGGCCUGGAAUCUUCGUUCCGCUAUGGCUAGCGUUUUUCGCCCUCUUUCCCAAAGUUACAUCAUCGUGGUGUCAAUGGGAGCAUAG